AUGGUCAAAGAAAUUCCGAUAAGUAAUAACAGUAACAGCGCGUGUUUCAUUUUGAAGAGUACUGAAGUCUGGCAAAGUCUCGAAUUUCGCGGCGACGAAUUUUUAGCGGAGCAAGAAUUUUUCACACAAGGUUGGAGUGAUUUUUUUGAACUUCUCGACGGACUCUUGGAGCUGCUUUUUGGCGUCGAACUUUUUCUCGGGCUUUUUUCCAUCCUCGAAGACUUUUCUUUGGCUUUAGACUCUCGUUUUUGUUCCUUGGGGAGAGGAGGUGGAGGUGGAGGUGGAGGCGGUGGCGGUGGUGGAGGUGGAGGCGGAGGUAGAGGUGGAGGACUCUUUGACGAAGACUUACGUUUAGUCACCGGAGGACUUUCAGUAGUCGAUCCUUCUGUCGCAGUAUUCACCGGCGAGCAGGUCAACGGCAAUUUUUCCUUGUCCUGGCUAAGUUUUCUGCUCGGAAAUUUGCAAAUUGUCUUCGCUCUAUUUUUGAACCAACUCGAUUUUCUUACGUGUUCAUUGGUGAAGGGUUUAAUACGGUUCAUUACUUGGGCAGCUUUCCGAUUAUUGCAAAAUUUAUCUGAACAAAGUGUUCGCUCGUCUGCUGUCCCAUCUGCGGAAGAAAUAAUUAUUUUAAAUAUAAAUAUUGAAAUAAUGUCUGCUAAUAUAAGUAUCAUAAAAAUAAAAAAAUUCAUACCUGGAUUAGGUCGACACGCGCAACAACUACAAGUACUAAUUGCCGCUUUUUUUUCUCCGGUUUCUUCUCUGGCUUCUUUUUCUCCGGUUUCUUUUCUGGUUUCUUCACUGGCUUUCUCUCCGGCUCAGAUUCUAACCGAGGCAGCACAGGAACGGGGGCACUUCUCUGGCACUUGGCCAGCGGCAAAUCGGAUUUACUUGACAUCCAUCCGUCUUCGACAUCUUGAGGGAAACGAUUGUAGCCACUGCAACUUGGGUGGCACAUAG